CUUGACGAUUGUUGUUGAUAAUUCACUGUGGAACUCUUUUCUAAUAUCGUUUAGUGCCACUUCAUCAUCAUAUACUGCUUAGACCUCUAAACAGUUCUCUACUAUUUAUCCAUGCUUCUGGCAGUCAUUGCGUAGGCUCCAAUAUUUUUCCUAUUUUUGGAAAGGGGCAGGGGUACUUUUCUUAUGUGACAGGUCUAUGUCAUGUCGAUUGUUAAACAAAGCUGAACCUUCGUUGUGAUUCUGGAUUUGAAUAAGCUUGACAGACCUAAUCCUAGGACUUUCCUGCUGGCACAUGUGAGAUCAGGUUUUAUUAUCUAAGUAUUAGCAAGAACAAAGCCACUUCUAUGCUGUCAUAUUUAUUAUGUGCACUCAGUUCUGAUUUUUGAGUUUGUAUCUCUCUCUCUUUCUCUUUAUCCCUCAUAGGCUGCCUUUACAGUGAGAUUAUGAAUGACGCUUCAGCAUUGCAGAAGGUUGCACUACAGGAACAGUCCCCUGGCAGUGGCCAUACCUUGGUACCAUUACGCCAGCCAUAUAUGAGUGAGCCUUUUGCCUCAAGGCGUGUGUGCUUCUAUAAAAGUGGAGAUGCCCAGUUUAGUGGUUUGCCUGUGGUCAUCAACAACCGCACCUUCAAGACCUUUGAGGCACUGUUAGACAGCCUGUCCAAGCGUGUUCCACUGCCAUUUGGAGUCCGCACUAUUACAACACCACGUGGCCAUACAGCAGUCCGUUCUCUUGCUCAGCUUCACCAUGGCCAUUCAUACAUCUGCUCGGAUAAACGCACCGUCAAGCCCAUCAACUUGGAGCAAGCACGGCGCAAACCACCACGAUGGUACCAUGCCAGGCCUGUCAGCAGCAGGCAGCUCAGAAAGAGGCAGAGUCCUGGACAACGCAAUACGAGAAGAAACGAGCAUGCUGCCCUACUGCACACCCCAAAGAGGCUGGUGGUUUUCCGCAACGGAGAUCCAGAAGUCAAGCAUACACUUCUGCUGCAGAAGAGGACCACACAUUCUUUAGAAGCACUGCUUGAUCAUAUAUCUGAGGUCAUGUGCUUCCCUGUGCGCAGGUUGCACACACCAGAUGGAAGGAGGGUGGAUUCACUUCCUGCUCUGAUAUUAUGUUCGGGUGUAUUGGUAGCUGCUGGCCGUGAGCCUUUCAGAAAAGGAAACUAUGAUGUUCAAAAGCCCUUUGCGCCAACUUGGCUGCCAGCAAAAACUGUAGGAAGGCAGCAUCCUGUAACUAGUAAGUCUACCACUCUUUGUCCACUUUAAAUAGUGAAUACAGCCAGACUAUUUCAGAAAUUUUAAUCACCAUCACACACUCUUGUUAAAAUUGCAGGUUUUUGUGAUGAAACCAAGACUAAUCAUACCAGAUCUUUUCCACCUUUAAUGUGAUAUAGCAACCAACAAAAUUCAAGUGAAAAACAGAAAAAAAGAAAACUCUACAAUGCCUUGGUUAUGUAAAUGUGCACACCCUUUUAUAAUGGGCAUGUGACUGUGCUCAAAAUGAACCAAUCACAUUCAAACUCACAUUGAAAAUUAAUUAUCAUA